AUGUCUGAUGUUGGUGAUCCACUUCAUGGGUUGCUCUCUGAUGCUGCUCACAAGUAUUGGGAAGAUCCAAAUGGGCGCCUCAUCGUUACCUCCAUCUACUCCCCUCUCAUCGAAAAAUGGGUUCCCGUCCUCUUUACAUAUGGGAAUGGUGCAACAAUUGCUCAUUACGAGUAUCACUUCCUUAUUCUCAUUGAAGGCAUUGCUGCAACUGCAUUGCAAAAAAACAUUCCUAUUACUGAUAGCCUUUUCGCAAGUCUUGUUGACUUUAGUGAUCCUCAGCGAAUCGGUUUUGUUGGUGCAUUUGUCACUUACUUUCAGGCUCAGGCCAGUGAUACACGCUCAGAAAAGGAUUUACAGCUUGCUGGUCAGGCUUUGAUCAAAGGGUGCCUCUAUCAUUAUCACAAAGCUGUUAACCGAAUGAGCCGGAUUGGUGAUGCAGUUCCGCAAAAUACCAAGUCUGAGUUUCAGAAACUUUGCCGUUCCCUUCCAGAAAUCACAGAUGUGAAACAUUUUGAUGACAUAGUUUCCACUAUUCAACAACACUGGCCUCGUGUAUCCCGCUGGCUUAGCUGGUGGUUGAUGUCUGAGCAUGCUGGAAUGCUCUUUCCCUGCAAGCUAACUAUGGCUGCUGACCUGGCUGCCAAACUCCCAGCAACAACAAAUGCGGAGGAAGCCAUGCAUGCAACUAUCUACCGUGCUGUAGGGAUUAAUCACCCAUUACUCAAGGGACUCGAUGGACUUCUUGCAGUUGAAAAACUUUUCCGCAUUGAAUCACAAAAUGCCUUAUGUAUGUAUACAUCUUUAACCAAAUGA